AUGGCGCCUCACGCCGAGGUGGACUCGGCCUCCGCGUACGGGAAUGGACACCCCAACAACGGCCACCAGCCAACCUCGACCACUAACAAGGACGACCUCUUCACCGUUAGCUCUCCCAAUGUAGUCUAUACUGAUGCAGAGAUCCUGUCAAAGUACACGUACCGCACCACCAGCGUGUCCAAGAAUGCCGAUCGUAAGUAUGUCGCCACGCCUCGCGAGACCAUGUACGACUUCAAGGUGGACCGCAAGGUGCCCAAGGUCGGGAUGAUGCUUGUGGGCUGGGGAGGCAACAACGGCACAACGGUGACGGCCGGUAUCAUUGCUAACCGUCGCGGGCUGGUGUGGGAGACGCGCGAGGGGCCUCGCGGUGCCAACUACUACGGCUCGGUUAUCAUGGGAUCGACCAUGAAGCUGGGCACCGACCCCGAGACCAUGAAGGAGGUCAGCAUCCCCUUUCAUGGAGUGCUUCCCAUGGUUCACCCCAAUGAUCUCGUCAUUGGGGGCUGGGAUAUCAGCCGCAUGAACCUCGCUGAUGCCAUGGACCGGGCCGCCGUUCUGGAGCCCACGCUCAAGGCGCAGGUCAAGAAGGAGAUGGCUGGCAUGGUUCCCCUGCCUAGUAUCUACUAUCCCGAUUUCAUCGCGGCCAACCAGGAGGACCGUGCAGACAAUGUAGUCGAGGGCAAUAAGGCUUGCGUGGCUCACGUGGAGCAAAUCCGGAAGGACAUCAGUGACUUCAAGUCCAAGAAUAAUCUCGACAAGAUUAUCGUUCAGUGGACCGCCAAUACGGAGCGGUAUGCCGACAUCAUCCCCGGCGUCAACGACACGGCCGACGGCUUGCUUAAGGCCAUCGAGGAGGGCCACGAGGAAGUCUCCCCCUCCACCAUAUUCGCUGUUGCCUGCAUCCUGGACAAAGUGCCCUUCAUCAAUGGCUCGCCUCAGAACACCUUCGUUCCGGGUGCGAUCGAGCUCGCCGAGCGCCACGGUUCCUUCAUCGGCGGCGACGACUUCAAGUCAGGCCAGACCAAGAUGAAGUCGGCGCUGGUGGACUUCCUCAUCAGCGCGGGCAUCAAGCUUACGUCCAUCGCGAGUUACAACCACCUCGGCAACAACGACGGCAAGAACCUUAGUUCCCAAAAGCAGUUCCGGUCCAAAGAGAUUUCAAAAUCCAACGUGGUUGACGACAUGGUCGAGGCCAACUCGGUCCUAUAUAAGCCAGGCGAGCACCCGGAUCAUACGGUCGUCAUCAAGUACAUGCCCGCUGUUGGGGACAACAAGCGUGCGCUGGAUGAGUAUUAUGCGGAGAUUUUCUUGGGAGGGCAUCAGACAAUUUCCAUCUUCAAUGUCUGUGAGGACUCCCUGCUCGCCUCGCCGCUCAUCAUCGACCUCGUCCUCGUGGCCGAGAUGAUGACACGCAUCCAGUGGCGCGUCAGCUCCGAAGAAGACAAAGACUACAAGGGCUUCCACAGCGUGCUUAGUAUCUUGUCGUACAUGCUCAAGGCCCCCUUGACACCGCCCGGUACACCUGUUGUCAACGCGCUGGCCAAGCAGAGGGGUGCGUUGACGAAUAUCUUCCGGGCUUGUGUGGGGUUGGAGCCGGAGAGUGAUAUGACGCUGGAGCACAAGCUGUUUUAA